GGACGCUGAGUGCUGCGGCCGCGCGCAGGCGCCGUGGAUGGGGGUGGGGGAGAUUCUCGUGGCGGAGGUCCCGCUGCUGGAGCGGAUGUAUCCUGGCGCCCCUCAGCGGGGAAGGGGAGGGAAAAUGUUGCUGAAGGCGGCGGAGAGGUCGGAGGAAAUGCGGCUGGGGCUGCGGGAACAGAGAACUGAUGAGUCUGGCAUCCAGGAGGUUCCAAUUACUUUGGAUGAUAUACAUAUGAAAGAGGCCAGGCCUAUACAGGUAGUGUUGGCUCAUAAAGAUAAUCAUCAUUUUGAUCUGGAUGAAGCAUCCUUGGAGCGAAUUUUAUUGCAAGAACACAUUCGGGACUUGAAUGUUGUGGUUGUCUCGGUGGCCGGAGCAUUUCGUAAAGGCAAAUCGUUUUUGUUGGAUUUCAUGCUUAGAUACAUGUACAGUCAGGAAGCGGGCGGCUGGCUAGGGGGCGAUGAUGAGCCGUUAACUGGGUUCACCUGGCGAGGCGGAUGCGAACGGGAAACUACUGGUAUACAAGUUUGGAGUGAAGUUUUUGUGAUCCACAAAUCAGAUGGAAGUCAGGUUGCGGUACUUUUAAUGGACACUCAGGGGGCCUUUGACAGCCAGUCAACCAUAAGAGACUGUGCUACCGUGUUUGCUCUUAGCACCAUGACGAGUUCUGUUCAGGUAUACAAUUUGUCUCAGAACAUUCAAGAGGAUGAUCUGCAACACCUUCAGCUCUUCACAGAAUAUGGGCGCCUGGCUAUGGAGGAAGUGCACCAGAAACCCUUUCAGACAUUAAUGUUUUUAAUAAGAGAUUGGAGUUAUCCCUACGAACAUUCAUAUGGGCUGGAAGGAGGCAAGAGGUUCUUAGAAAAACGGUUGGAGAUAAAACAAAACCAACACGAAGAGUUGCAGAAUGUUAGGAAACAUAUCCAUUCCUGUUUUGCCAAAAUCACCUGCUUCCUAAUGCCACAUCCCGGUCUGAAAGUAGCCACAAAUCCUGGUUUUGAUGGGAGAUUAAAAGAUAUUGACGGCGACUUUAAAAAGGAACUCCGCAAUGUGGUGCCCUUUCUCCUGUCCCCUGAGAAUUUGGUAGAAAAAGAAAUCGGAGGAAGCAAAGUGACUUGUCGGGAUUUAGUUGAAUACUUCAAGGCUUACAUCAAAAUUUAUCAAGGAGAAGAACUGCCUCAUCCAAAAUCUAUGUUACAGGCAACAGCUGAAGCCAACAAUUUAACUGCUGUUGCAGGAGCAAAAGAUGCCUAUAGCAAGGCUAUGGAGAUGUUUUGUGGGGGAGAUAAGCCUUACAUAGCACCAGGUGAUCUGGAACAACGACACUUAACCUUAAAAGAAGCUUCCAUCAAGCAGUUUCGGUCAGUCAAGAAAAUGGGCGGGGAAGAGUUCUGUCAACGCUACCAAGAGCAGCUCGAGCAAGAAAUGGAUGAGAACUAUGCAAACUUUGUAAAGCACAAUGACAGCAAAAAUAUUUUUUAUGCUGCACGUACACCGGCCACACUCUUUGCUGUGAUGUUUACCAUGUACAUAAUCUCGGGAGUGACUGGAUUUAUUGGCUUGAACUCGAUAGCUUUGCUAUGCAAUCUCAUGAUGGGGAUAGCUCUGAUCUCCCUCUGUACCUGGGCUUACACCAAAUAUUCUGGUGAAUUCAGAGAAUUUGGAACAAUCAUCGAUUAUGUGGCUGAAACUAUAUGGGAGCAGAUGUUGAAGCCACUGAGUGACAAUUUGAUGGAGGAGAACAUAAAGCAAACUGUAGCAAACUCCAUCAAAGCAGGGUUGACCGAGCAGGCCUCCCAGCAUGCCAAAUUAAAGACAAACUGACAAUCCAACUUGCCUCAUGCUGUCGAGUGUUGCCUGUAUGUUAUGAACUUGGUGAGUCAAUUUAUAAUUAGUCUGCAUAGAUUUUGAAGUGAAAGUCCCAACUUCACCUCAUGCUGCCACAAAGAUCUGAAGAAAGAAGAAACUGACAGAAGAUUUUUAUACUGGGUAGAGUGAAUUACAUGACUAAACAAGAAAGUACGGGGAUGAGUUUAAAAGUUAAUUUUGAAUGUUACUUUUUGUCAUGUACACGAGUUGAAACUCUUAUUCCGGUCACCAUUGGUGGGUUUGUGCGAGAGACUGAGGUGCAUCGUAGUGUUCAGUACAGAUAAAUGGAGAUGGUGAUGAAUAGUAAAGCUUGAAACCAGUCUGCAUUUUCUCUUUGUUAAUGCUUUGCCUGAAUUACCAGUAUUACACUGCAAAUCCAAACUAGCCAGAUUGUCAGGUUAUGUUGUGGACAAACCUACUGUUGGAUGAGAGUGAGUGAGGCUUGCCUUGCUCCUGAUCAAAACCCGAGGACCUUGUGAAUCAGUGACAUUUGAACUACGGGGAACUUCACUUCAUUACUGCCAUAAAUCCAUCCAAUGUGCUUUAAUUUUCUCUUUCUGAUGGCGAUCACUCCGUCCACAAAGAACUCUUACCCAUAGUUAUCGGUUAGCAUUUGCCUGCACACUGCGUUAUUUUUAAUUUUCUAUCAAAUUAUAGAGAUGGGGCAUGUAUAUUAAAUAUAAAUAUAUAAAUACCAAAUUUUGUAUCAAAGUUUUUGUAGUUAAUGGCAAAAUCUGGUACAGUGGUAGGCUCCGUGCAGUUAAUGUAAAGGACUGUAUUUGUGAGUGAUGUAAGCAUCAGAAUGCAUUAAAUUUGAGGUUUUGAUAUGUUUGUGAUAAUUACCUGCCUUGAGCAUUGCAAUCCCACCCCUUAUUGCAAAGCAUUGGUAAUGUUAGUUGUGAAAUUCGGUUAUCUUCUGUUGCAUUUUAAAGUUAUAUCCUGUAAUUUAUUUUUCAACACAAAAUUAAAGUACUCUGACGUUUCCAGCUUCUGUUUUUUUUUGUGAAAUGAAUGAAACCUGCAAGAUGUAUUGUACAGGUGAUUUAAAUGUCAAAAGCAUUUUAAAAUUUAAGACUUAAUCUGUAAAAUGUAUCUAGGUCAUAUUGGCCUCAUUUAAGUGUCAACAAAGAACAUGUUUUCUUUUUCCUGAGUGAUUGUGUCUGUAUAUAAUCAGUAAUGGGUAAUAUAAAUUGUUUAGUUAAACAUUAAACAAUUUUCACAAUUUA